GUUUGAAAGUGGAAGCGCUGACCGAAAAUAGAAACAAAAUGGCGUCCACCAAGGGGUGAAAAGUUUUUCAACCAAGGCAGAAAAAUAAGCUUUAAAUAUGCCUCCGACAAUCCAAUCUCAGGAAAAGAAACGUGCAGAAGAAGGAAGAAGGUCAUCUUCGCACCAAAUAUCAAAGCCUGAGUUUGUGUGCAGAGUAAAAUACAACAACCAUUUGCCAGAUAUCCCAUUUGAUGCGAAGUUCAUUGCUUAUCCUUUCGAGGCAAAUAGGUUUGUUCAGUAUAAACCCACAUCUCUUGAAAAGAACUACAAACAUGAAUUACUUACAGAUGUUGAUCUUGGUGUGAAUAUUGAUUUGAUUGACCCUGGCACAUAUGCAGUAAAUCCAGAUGUCAAUCUCCAUCCAAUUGAUGAAAAGUUACUUGAAGAAGAACCAAUGGGUUUGACAGAUCAAAAAAGGUCACGGCAACACAAUAAGACUGUUUCAUGGUUGAGAAAAACUGAAUAUAUCUCAACAGAGUAUAACAGAUUCCAAACCAGCAAUGACCAGAUGGAAACAAAGGUUGGCUACAGCAUGAAAAAGAAAUUUCAAGGUACAGAUGUCUACAAGGAUCGAGAAAGUCAAGUUGAAGCAAUCCAAGGCACCUUCGAGUCAGCUAAACGUCCAAUCUAUCGUCAUCCAAGCAAAAGGGGCAUUAAACCAGUUGAUGUUUUACCCGUUUUUCCAGACUUUCAGAUGUGGUCCCAACCUUGUGCUCACGUCAUAUUUGACACUGACCCAGCCCCUCGCGGUGGUCACGAACCAGCAAAGCCGGAGGAAAUGUGCCAAGCUAUGAUUAGAGGUAUGGUAGACGUUCAAGGAGACCAAUUUGUUGCGUAUUUCCUACCAGAAAGUGAAACUUUGGGAAAACGCAAACGUGAUCAGGAUGAAGGAAACGAUUAUACCGAAGGCGACGAAUAUCAUUACAAAAUGGCACGGGAGUAUAAUUGGAACGUUAAGAACAAAGCAUCGAAAGGAUACGAGGAAAAUUACGUUUUCGUAUUUCGAGAAGACGGAGUGUUUUACGAUGAACUUGUGACGAGGGUUCGUCUGAGUAAACGUCGUACGAAAGGUGGAUUAGGUGGGGUGAAGUCGACCGUCUCAAAACUCUUGGUUAAACAUAGAGAGUUAACGGAACAAGAACAAAAUUUACAGAAUGCUCGUCUUCUGCAACUGGAGAACGUCGUUGUUGAGAACGAGGAGGAAGAUGAGGAUGAAAUUGGAGAGGGAAAUGAUCAAUCUGGAGAUGAAAAUGGGGAUGACGAGGAAGCGAAACAGGAGGAAGAAGUGGGGGACAACGAUGAGGAGAACAACGAAAAGAAAGCUGAAUCAAGUGCUGGCGAGGAAUCGGGUGACGAUAGUGAUGAAGGGAUAUUUGGGGAUGAUUCUGACUAACUAUGAACACACAGAGACGCUGUGCAACAGUGCAAGUGGAAUUGGUAGAUAAGAGUUAAGUUAAUCCGCAGAUACAAAAAAUCGUAGUGUCAUACGCAUAUAUCCAGAUCUUUCCGUAUUGCCGUUUUUACGAGGAGUGAUUUGCGCGAAAUCUUUUGUUUUUUGAAGGACCAUAUAUAGUUCUCAUGAUUUUGGGCAACCUGUAAAAUAUGUACAACUAACGGCAUCUUCUAAAUUAGACGAACUUAG